UAACUCUAUGGUUGCGUUGCGUUGUUGAGUCGAUGUCGACGAUGACAAUAACCUAUUGUAAACAACAGGUUUAGAGAAUCGUGUUUGUAAAUAGUGAUCGACCAAAUAAAAAAUGGAGUGUAAUUAAAGCAUGUACAUCGAGCGUUGAGUUUAAUUUAUAUCGAAGUUCAUGCAGCAAAGAAAUGACAAUGGACGUCCAAAGGCAUUCAGUGCACACACUGGUGUUCCGCUCUCUAAAAAGGACACACGACAUGUUCCUAUUGAACCAAGGCAGUCUGCCACCUGUCAAUUCAGACUUACAAAAGAUGAAGAAAUCUGUGAAAGCAAAGGACUCAUAUGGACCUGUAUUAGAGAGAGUUAAAAGUAGCCUUCAAAAACCUGGAAGUGAGAACGAGAACAACAACCCUCCACUGCCAGGCGACGAAUCGUUUAGAGGUAGCGGCAGCUCGGUUGUGCCUUACAAUCCUGCGCAAGGAAGCCUGACGAGUAGCAACCAACCGAAUUCGAUUCCCGGGGGCAACGCGAUGAUUGCUCAACAGAAAAAAACACCUUCGAUGGCUAAACCGAAGUGGCACGCUCCUUGGAAGCUGUACAGGGUGAUCAGUGGGCAUUUAGGGUGGGUCAGGUGCUGCGCGGUUGAGCCUGGAAACGAGUGGUUCGCGACCGGGUCCGCAGACAGAGUCAUCAAGAUAUGGGAUCUGGCUAGCGGGAAGUUGAAGGUGUCGUUGACCGGGCAUAUAAGCAGCGUGAGGGGGCUCGCGUUUUCCCAGAGACAUCCGUAUCUGUUCUCCUGCGGUGAGGACAGGCAGGUCAAGUGCUGGGACCUUGAAUACAACAAAGUGAUAAGACAUUACCACGGCCACUUGUCGGCUGUUUACUCAAUGGCCCUGCAUCCAAGCAUCGACGUGCUGGUCACAGCCGGCAGAGAUUCCACGGGUAGGGUUUGGGACAUGAGGACGAAAGCGAAUGUACACACGCUGGUUGGACACACGAACACGGUCGCAAGCGUGAUCUGUCAAACGGCCGAGCCUCAGAUUGUCACCGGUAGCCACGACUGCACGAUAAGAUUGUGGGAUCUUGCAGCGGGAAAAUCGAGAGCGACGCUCACUAAUCACAAGAAGAGCGUCCGAGCCGUCUGUUUCCACCCCUCCUUGUACAUGUUCGCCUCGGCUUCGCCGGACAAUAUAAAGCAGUGGAAGUGCCCCGAAGGGAAAUUCAUACAGAAUUUAUCAGGACACAACGCCAUCGUCAACUGUUUAGCAGUGAAUCCCGACGGAGUGUUAGUCUCCGGGGCUGACAACGGAACGAUGCACCUCUGGGACUGGAGAACCGGAUAUAAUUUCCAACGAUUGCAAGCGCCAGUUCAGCCGGGCUCGAUGGACAGCGAAGCUGGUGUAUUCAGUAUAACGUUCGAUAUGUCUGGUACCAGGAUGAUCACCACAGAAGCGGAUAAGACUAUUAAAGUUUAUAAAGAAGACGAGACAGCCACCGAGGAGACGCAUCCAGUGAACUGGAGGCCGGAUAUAAUAAAGAGGAGGAAGUAUUAAUCAACGCGCGAUCAAUUCGAUAAACAAAGACGAUUUUAUUUUCAUUCUCAAUUAUUAAAGCUCUUCGUCCAAGUCGAAUUCCUCCUCCGGGAAAUCUCCGACUUUGAUGUACGCCGGCUUGAUGAAUCCACCGUACUUCGGGGGGCACUCGAAGUACUUCUUACCGUUUACUCUAGAAUUUUAUGGAUUUGUAAGAUACAUAUAAGUCUGGUAUAAUACACAUAAAUUUGGUAUAAUAUAAUAAAAGAGAAAUAUGAUUUCUUAC